GGAUUUGUCCUUCCCAAAGCUUGGGCGGAUGGAGGAGGAGGCUGCGAGGAAGCUGCCGUGGGCCCCCCAGGCAGACCCUGAGCUGAGGACGGAGAGCACGGAGGACAAAUCCCCCCGGCAGAGCCUGGUGGGAGAGGCCGUUUUGAAGGGCUCCCCGGCGCAGGAAGGCAGCGGGGAGGAAAAGGCCCGGAGAUGCCCCCGGAGGAGGGGCUGCAAAGCCAGCCCAGGGAGCUCUGAGGAGGAAAGACCCAUCCUGUGCCGGGAAGGCGGCCGGAGCUUGAGCCGGAGCUCUGAGCUGGUGGUCCCUGAGCAGCCUCCCAGCAGGGAGAAGCCCUUCAGGUGCUUGGAAUGUGGGAAGAGCUUCAGGUACAGCUCCGACCUCCUCAGCCACCAGCACAUCCACACUGGGGAACGGCCCUACCUGU